AAUAUAAUAAUAAUGUUUUAUUGUAAUACAAAUGUUCUGUUUAACUAGAUGACUGGGGAGAAAUACUAUUAUAUUGACUUACUUACAGGUUGUUUUUUUUGUCACUCAUUGUUCAGAUUAUGUCUAUUAUACUUUCUAUUCUCUUGUAUAAGCUUCACAACCUGUACAACCCAUUUCUUCGCGACAGUCAAGAUGUUAUUUUAUUUCCCGGUCUCUGUCGGCGGGACUGGCCAAUCAGUUCGUCCCAAACAAAAACAAAAAAAAGAAUAAAUAACGUGACAUCUGUCGCUCAGUGGACCAAACCAGCUCAGAUUUUUUUAAAGACUCAUCCCAGGAAGUUGUCAGGCUUGAUCAGCUCAUUGUACUGACUUUCUGAAACCUUGACUGAACAUGUUUUACUACCCCACAGUUUUAAAGCAUCAUACCGGAUGUUUCUCUACGAUCUGGCUGGUUGCCACAAAAGGCAUCAGAGUCCCCCGCAGGGAUUUCCUAAAAGUGAACGUCAAGAGCACGUGUGAUGACAUCAUGAACUAUGUGCUGGAGCGGGUCCCGCCGCCUCGACCUGGUCUGCCACGACCUCGCUUCUCCCUCUACCUGUCCUCCCAGCUCCAGUAUGGCGUCAUCAUCGUCUACCACCGCCAGUGUGCUAUUCUGCUGGAGGAACUUCACACCAUCGUGGCCCAGCUGCUGAAGCAGAGGACGGCCCAGAAAAUAGAUAUGGAUGACCACAGCCGACAAGCUCUGGUCCUCCCAGAUGCCCUGUCUCUCCUGGAGGAGACAGAAGGAGCUCAGGACCCUCUUUUCGGUGUGAUGAGCCUGCAGGAGGCCAUGCCGAGUCCCAACACACUGAUACAGAUGGGUUGGGAGUAUCUGAGAGGAGCCUCUCCUGAGCAUCCUGAACAAACCAGGCCGACUGCUGCUGCUGCACAAGAAAGCGGCAUCACUGCAUCUCCAGACUCCAUCACUCUGAGAGAGCAGGAGCCUGUCGCCAUCCCCCCUGCAGAGUUUGAGGGUGUGGACCUUGUCGAUCAGCAUCCGGAGACUCUCGACUUCCUCUUGGCCCAAACAGAUCACUUUCCAGAAGAGGUCACACCAAGAGAGCAAGAGAGGGAGGUGGACAGGGGAGGAAGAGAGCGAGGCCUGGAAAGAGAAAGAAGAGAGAGAGGCAUGGCGAGAGAGAGAGCGAGAGCAAGGGCGCUUACAAGACCCACUACUGAAUUACAGCCCACCACUCUCCCUGAUGAAGAGGCCGUUUUGUUGCCUGAGGAAGAAGAGCCUGGUCGGUCAGUGGAGAGGAGCCCCGGACCCCCUCCAGGCCAGCUCACCCCCGUCUCCGUGCCCGUCCUCCCCUCGCCGCCGUCUGUAGCAAGUGAGCGUGGGAGACCGAGCCUGCAGUUAGAGGAAGUGCCCCCUCCAGAGGUGAAGAGGAGAAGGAAAAGGCAGCUGAUCUUCUUCGACCCGGAGACGCAGAUCUCCCAGGAGGCAUUGCAGCAGCAGAUCGACAACCCUCUGUACGAGACCAGGCGUCUGCCUCCGUUUUCAUCCGUCAAGAGUUUCUCUGCUGCUCACCUCCUCAACAACCCCUGCAACUUUUUGCCUGAAGUGGUGGAGUUUCUAUGGAAACAGGCAGCGAAUAUCACGCCUGUCUCCGGCUCGGACCUGCAGGUCGGGGAGAGAGGGCCCGAGUCCACAGACUCUGAAAAGGAAAGGGAGCGUGAGAUGGUCGAGCCGGCGGAGAGAGAGGAGGAGAGACUUGAGCUCGGCCCCAGAGAGGUCCAGAGAGAUUUGGUGGAACCGGAAAUGUUUGAUAUUUCAGGCCUGGGAUCACUGAUACUGGAGGGCUCUGACCAAAGGGAGGUGUCUCGAGAGAUUUCGCCCUUGUACACAUCGGAGAGAGAUGGGUCCAUUGUGUCCAGGUCUGUUUCCACACUGCAGGACAUCCCAGAGGUGAUGGACGAGUUUCUGGGCAGAGAAGCAGCAGCAGAGUUUCCUGGGUUGUUGCCGGCUGAGCAUGAAUCGGCACCUGUGCUUUUUCACUCUCUUCUGUCGCCAGAGGUCCAUCGCAAGACUGUCAGCGCCAUUUUCCAGAGGCUCCUGGAGAAUCUAUCGGCCAGGAAGGUGCACGCGGAGCAGCAGGAGCCUUACGGCGACAUCUUGAUCUCAUCACUUGGACCCGACUCCGAGGACGUGCGUCUGACCUAGUGACGAGUGCACAGUCUGCCCUCUUGUUCCGAC